AUGAAGACUCCUCUCAGCUCCUCUCAGCUCCUGGAGAGUGGCCAGAUCCUGGCCUUUGGGGGGAUGUGUCAAGAGCUGAUGGACUCACCGACACCUACAACCAUCAGUCUCUCUGUCCAGCAGACUCCAUCUCCAGGUCAGGGUGGAGCGUACUCAUUAUGUGAGGUGUGUAACCUGCAGCUGACCUCUGCUGCUCAGGCUCAGCUGCACUACAAUGGCAAGUCUCACCUCCGAAGAGUGAGACAACUCCAGCCUGGAGAGACAGGACAGCAGGCGGCAGCAGGGGCUCAGACCAGGUCUCUUCCACAGGCCACAGGGCUCAUCUCUCAGCCUGCAGGACUAACUCCGACUCCUGGCCUCAGUCCAGGCCUCAGCGCUCCAUCCAGCACAACUGCAGGAGGUGGGUGUGGUGCAGUGGGCGGUGCGUUACCUGGACUUAUAGGUGCCACCGGUCCCUCAGUGAUGAUGAAACCGUUCUUGUCAUUUCCUGUUGAGACAACGUCUCCGGUUGGACUUUUCCCAAACUUCAACACGAUGGACCCGGUACAGAAAGCUGUCAUCAACCACACCUUUGGUGUCACCAUGGUACCCAAAAAGAAACAGGUCAUCUCCUGUAACGUCUGCCAGCUGAGGUUCAACUCUGAUUCUCAGGCCGAGGCUCAUUACAGAGGCAGUCGUCACGCCAAGAAGCUCAAGUCUCAGGAGAACAAGGCCAAGGCCAAGCUGUCAAUCAGUGCAGAGACCAAUGGGAGCAGCUGUAGUCCUGCGGGCCCCGCCCAUCCGGCCUCAGCGAACAGCAGCAUCAGUCAGCACACAGAACUCUUAUCCAGCCUCACCGACUCUCCCUCCCCGCUCAAACCCUUCCUCCUCCCCUCCGCCUCCCCUCUGUCCUCCUCCUCACCCUCCUCCAGCAGAGCAGGCAGCGAGCCUCCUCCCUCCAGCCCUCCCUCGGCUCUCCCAGCCCCGGGCCUCUCUUCCUCUUCUUCCUCCUCUUCCUCUUCUUCCAAAGCUUCCCCUCCACCUCCUCCAGCUCCUGUCACCUCCUCCACCUCCUCCCCUGCUCCUCUCCCUCCCCCUCUCUCCCAGGAUGCUCCCCUCUCAGUGGAGUCGGAGGAGGAGAAGGCGAAGAAGCUGCUGUACUGCUCUCUUUGCAAAGUCGCCGUCAACUCUCUGUCUCAGCUGGAGGCUCAUAACGCAGGUUCAAAGCACAAAACGAUGCUGGAAGCUCGCAGUGGCGCUGGGCCGAUCAAAGCGUACCCUCGACCCGGAGCCAAGCUGAAGAACGGCAACAGCUCGGCUCUGAAGGGCUCCGGUCUGCAGAACAAAACCUUCCACUGCCAGAUCUGCGACGUCCACGUCAACUCUGAGAUCCAGCUGAAACAGCACAUCUCCAGCAGGAGGCACAAGGACCGAGUGGCAGGAAAACCCAGCAAACCCAAAUACAGUCCUUACAACAAGCAGCAGCGCAGCUCGCUCACUAAGGAGUUGGUGAAGCCCUCCCUUUCCCCCUCCUUCCUCUCCACUCCCUUCGCACCUCCCACAUCCUCCCUCACCUCCUCCAUCUCGCUGCCUCCCGUCUCUCUCUCCUCCUCCCCCCUCCUCACUCCCACCUCCUCGCCCCUCACCCCCACCAUCUCCCUCCACCCUCGCCCUCCGGCCUCCUCCUCCCUCUUCACUGCCUCCUUCCUGCGUCCGGCUCCUGGACCAAUCAGAGCGAGCCAAGGAUCGAUUCUCUUCACGCCGUACUGAUGUUGGCGGCAGCGGCGGGGAGUCGAACCAGCGACCUUUGACCUCUGACCUGCUGUUUGCUGGAGCUACGAGGAAGAGACAUCCAGACUGCAGGGAUUCAAACCUGUACCCUCCUCGCCAGACAGAGGCUUCACAAAGAGACACAAGAGGAGGAAACCUGCUUCUUCUUCUGUCUGGUCUUUUAAGGUGACAGCUGUGGAGUUGCUGCUUUAAAUAAACAGCAGACCUGAACCUAAACAGAACCAGAAGGGUUCCCACACAAACCACAAAACCAGGAAUUCUUUGAUGCAGACAUGGAAACGCAUCCUGGAAGAAUCACAGCAUUGUUCGACAUCAUGUAGAAAGCAAUAAGUGUUUGGAUUGAAAAAAAAAAAGCAGCUCAUUUGUUGUCUUACAUCAUCAUGAUGCUCCAACAGGAGGUAUAGGAGAAACAAAAACUCCAAAACAUUUCAUGGCAAAUGUGGGUUUAUGGCAGCCUGGAUAAGCUAAGAACAAAACUAGAUUUUUCUUCUAACGUAUUCUGGUAUGAUUGAGAUGACAAGAAACAGAAUCUAAAACCAAAACCCCAAACAGCCCGUAAAACACUCAACAUGGUGAGUUUAAACUCGAUGUUGUCGAUGCAACUCGUGUUGAAACCAGACAGAAAGGUGGACGUGAAGAUCUGGACCCAGAACCCAGCUCCCGUUGGUUCCUCAGCAUCUGGACGAGGUUUGAGGAGCUGAACAGCACAAACAAGAUGUCAGAAAACUCAGCAGGCGUCGACCAUCAUGAACAAAUACUACUGCAGCUGUGUUCAUGUCUUCCUUCAGACAUCCUUGCACUCGUGUUAUUAACUUACAAUAUUUUGAAAAAGAAACUGAUAAAUUAUUAUGAAAAGUUAUGCUAUAGUUUUCUUAAUGUCAAAAAAAAUCCUUGAGUCUCAGCUCCAAAUCCUUUAUUCCUGCUGAAGGUGUAAACCUGUAAAACAAAAAAAGAAAAAAAAAAGGAGGAAAUGUUGUAUUUGCU